AUGAGGAACAAGGCUCCACCACCGGCGCCAGGUGCGGCUGCUCCGGGAGCUGCCGGAGCAGGCGGGGCCAAACCUGGUGAAGAGAAGAAAGAGGAUGAGAAGAAAGAUGACAAGAAGGAGGGAGAAGGAGAGAAGAAGAGCAAAAAGGAUAAUGAAAAAGAAGGAGGCGAUGGAGAAAAGAAGGAUGAGGAAAAGAAAGAGGGUGAGGGAGAUAAGAAGGAUGAGGAUAAAAAGGAGGGAGAAAGUGGCAAAAAAGAUGAGGAUAAGAAGAAGGAGGGGGAGGAGGAAAAGAAAGAAAGUGAGAAGAAAGGAUCACAGAAGGAAGGGUCAAAGAAAGAGGGUUCUAAGAAGGAGGGCUCGAAGAAAGAAGGGUCUAAAAAGGAGGGCUCCAAGAAGGAGGAAGAAAAGAAAAGCUCGAAGAAGGAUAACUCGAAGAAGGAAGGGUCCAAAAAAGAGGAGGCGGAAGGUGAGAAAAAAGAGGAAGAGAAGAAGGAAGAGGAAGAAAAGAAGGAGGAAUAA